UGAAAUUCUGCCGUGCCCAGAUUGUUCACAUGCAUAGACACACACGUGCACCCUCAUGCAGGGGCACACCGCAAAGGUCAGGGAUUAGGGUUUUUUUCUCGUAGGGAAUUUUUGAAUGUACAAUAGGUUGAAUUAACUCGAAUGACUUAAGUCAAGUACAACAUGAAGAUGAUUGACAUGCCAGGUCAUACUUUGUAAUAUUAUUUUAAAUGUAAAAAUCAGGUAACCACGGUGAAAUGAAAAGUAAUAAAAUACGUAUUUGAAUUGGCACUCAGCAUUCUGUGGUUUAAUGCAUUCAUGUGAAGGGGGCUGAUAGCGUUAGUUUUUUUUAUUCUUUUUUUAAUACAAUAUUUAAUGCUAAGUACUGAUUCAGUAGAAAUUAUAGUAUAUAAAUGAAAUGGGUGGAUAGAUGGAUGGAUGCAUAGAUGGAUGCAUAGAUGGAUGCAUAGAUGAUGAGAAGCCCAGUUCUUGACGUGGUGAAGGAAAGAACUAAGCCUUACUCUACCUACACCAGUAAUUAGGCAUGAUUGACGAAGUUGAGUCAACUCUCAGUCACCAGCCAGUCAGAUGUGCUGGGAGCAUUUCAACCGAAAGGCUCGGUUACACCAGACUGCCCACCAAGGCUCAGAGCAGUCUGCCAAAUUACCAAACAGGCAAAACAAGGUUAGCAUAUGGAACUGGCACGAAAAUCCAGAUGUGCCAGUUUGUAUGCUUGUUGCGCCAUCUACGACUAUCGAGCCCGAGACGUGACCAGGAAGAUGAUUCAAAUGAUGCUGCAGACGCGAAGAGGUUCUGUCAUGAGCAUGAGUGUCCAUCCAACUGGAACAACGCUAAUGAACUCAAUUGUUGCGUGCAUCACGCCAACAUCCACUCGUGUCCUCUGGGUCUCAUGAAACAAGGUGGGAUCUGUGGGCCGUGGAUUCCACAUGAUGGUAAAAUAGUCACUCAUACGGUGUCCAAAGCUGGCAAGAUAAGCCAGAAGUACUGGACGUCAAAGGUGGUGCUGAUCCACGUGGGCGUCACUUCAGUUAUAGCUCAUAUCAAAAUAGGACAAAUGCACGCGGCAUUGGAAUCCAAAGUGCUUGUUGUUAGUGCUCAAGUGUGUGGGGAUGAUGUCUGUGAGUUGGAGGAGAGCUGUCUCAACUGUCCUGCAGACUGCGGCAUCUGCCCCAUGUCCAUGGCCAUCAAGUUGUCCAUCGGUCUCCCCGUCGCACUUUUCAGCGCCGGAUUUAUCUUAACCAUGGUGUGGCUUCAGUACCAGAAACAGAAGAUGUUUUGGGAUGAAAGCUGGAUCAUUGACUAUAAGAGUAUAAUAUUUGGCAGAGUGUGCGGUACAGACUUUGGCAGCACAGCCAGCCCCCAGCAUGUGAAGAGCACUUCAAAUAUCAGUCAGUUGACUGACAUAACCAUAUGCACCGGCGUCAACACCUUCUUCAAGCAGGGCUUCAUCCAGCCUGGCAUCUAUGAUGGCAGAACAGUUGCAGUUAAACACAUCCAAAAGAAACACUUUGCUCUGUCUAAAGGUAUCAGGAAGGAGGUGAAUGAGGUCAGACAACUGGACCAUCCAAAUCUCUGCAAGUUUAUUGGGGGCUCCAUUGAGGUUCCGUAUGUGAGCAUCAUCACGGAACAUUGCCCCAAAGGAAGCCUGUCUGAUGUCCUACUCAAUGAUGAUAUUCCAAUCAACUGGGGCUUUAGACUGUCCUUUGCCACCGACAUUGCCCGUGGGAUGUCCUACCUGCACCAACACAAGAUGUUUCAUGGUAGACUUCACUCCAGAAACUGUGUUAUUGAUGAUCGCUGGGUUUGCAAGAUCUCUGAUUACGGUCUUACACUUUACAGAAAGGAGGACUUUGAUGCAGUCAGUAAUGGGUUCACUUGUGGCGAUGUCAAUCGCAUCUACUGUGCUCCAGAGGUUCUUCUGGGAAGUAGCUCGACUAUGACGCCAGCGGCAGACGUCUACAGUUAUGCCAUGAUCCUGGUUGAGAUAGCUACUCGCUCUGACCUUAUUUCAGACCAGGCGGAGGGAACCACAAUGGACAUCAUAUGGCGUCCUCCUCUACCUGAACUCAAAGCAGGAAAAAACGAUGGGGACUGCCCCAGUCAAGAAGACUACUGUGAACUUAUCAAAAAGUGUUGGUCUCACAACCUCAUCACAAGGCCCACGUUUGAGCAAGUCAAGAAGAUGCUCGACAAGAUGAACCCGCAUAAAGUUAGCCCCGUGGACAUGAUGAUGAGCCUGAUGGAGAAGUAUAGCAAACAUCUGGAGGCUAUAGUAGCUGAGAGAACACAGGACCUUCUUCAAGAGAAACAGAAAACUGAUCGUUUGUUAUACAGCAUGUUACCAAAGCCAAUUGCCGAUGACCUCCGCCAAGGCCAAACUGCAGAGGCGCAGAGCUACUCAAAUGCUACUGUCUACUUCAGUGACAUUGUAGGCUUCACCCAACUGUCGGGGGCAAGCACACCCCAUCAGGUUGUGAACUUCCUCAACCAGCUCUACACCACCUUUGAUGACAUCAUUGACAAUUAUGACGUUUACAAAGUGGAGACCAUUGGCGACGCUUACAUGGUGGUCUCAGGAGUUCCCCAAGAAAAUGGCAUAAAUCACGCUGGGGAGAUAGCCAGCAUGGGCUUGGAUCUGGUCAGUGUUUGCAAGACGUUCAAGAUUCCCCACAAGCCCGACACACAGCUGAAGAUACGUGCAGGCAUCCACUCGGGACCUGUCGUAGCUGGUGUGGUUGGAACCAAAAUGCCUCGUUACUGCCUAUUUGGAGACACCGUCAACACAGCAUCGCGGAUGGAAUCAACAAGUGAAGCUUUGAAGAUCCAAGUGAGUGGGGCCACAGCUGACCUGCUUCAUAUGUUGAAAGGAUACGUUCUAACUUGCAGAGGGACACUGAAUGUGAAGGGCAAAGGUGAGAUGAAAACCUGGUGGCUCGAGGCCAAACUCGACAAGUGCGCGGAUCCAUUGCUCAGCGCAUCAGAGUUGACAGGAGGUCCCGCCCCAGUUAGUGACUGAAGCUGGCCAACAUUUCCAAGAUGUGAACCAUGUGCAAUGAUGUUGUGUUGUGCAAUUGCUGUGUCAGAAAUGAUCUACAGACAAUUAUGCUCAUUCAGCAAGAUGUUCAUUAUUGUAGACUGUGAUUUCCUGCACUGCAUCAUACAUUCAUGAUGAGCGUAAAAAUAUAGAUAUAUUUAUAUCUAGCCUCCUAUUUAUCUGCUGCGUUACUGAACAAGUGUUACCAAUGUUAUAGCGUUGGUCUCGGUUACCAGGCUAGUACACUACUACCAUGACAAAGUAAUUAACACAUUAUUGAAUUAAAAACUCCUGUUACGUCAGGAUUGCAAAAUA